AUGCCGGACGAUCAGGAUCUCCCGUCAUGGGACUUCGAUGAUGCUAUCAGACUCAUCAACAGUCUCGCCCUCACAGACAAAGAAUCUGCACUCAGUCAUGAGCUUGUCAAUUAUGGCAAAAAAGGAGGUGCCCCCGACACCUGCGGGGGCUCACUUGGGGACUUCUCUACUCUGUGGGAUUUCCUAGGCCGCCCUCAUGUUGCUGAUGAAGAGCAAGCUGCAGAGCUGGUCAAAUAUGAGGUCAACGAUGAACCAGUGGCAGAGGUCGAUCUCAACCAACUCAGCAAGGGUGUGCGUUGGCGAGACGAGGUGGAUGGCGCUGAUCUUGAAGACAACGUGGAACUCCCGAAUAACAAGGCCACUGCCGCGUACAUUCGCAACCAGAAGCGUGCUGCAAGAAGGGCUAGGGCCAAGGAAAGAGCUGAAAAGCCUGUCGCCCAGGAGAAGCCCAUUUCCGACACCACGGACUUGGAAUCUGGAGAAGAACUCGAGUCGCUACGCCGCUCCCCAGAUCGCAGAGCUGUCAUUGACAGCAUUCUCGGCCGUAGUCGGCCUGGCCUCCGCGAUAACAGUUCGCCUCCGACUUCUCCAUCACCUCCGAAAGUUGAAAACAGAACUCCGAAACGCGAUUUGCCUGUCUCCAACCCCUUUGUGUGGCCUACCACGCCUGUUACGCCGUCAUCAAAGGACACAGUCUUUACUCCUCGGGAUGGAUUGACUGCCAGAGCCAGAAAACAAGCUCUAAUUACCGAGUUGAUGCGCCGGCAUCCUGAAGAACAAAAGUAUCUGAAGAAUCCCGGACUCCUCGAACCUGCUUUUACCCCACUGAAUACAUCUGACAUCGGCAUCCAUGUCUUCGUUGACAUUUCCAACAUAUCGAUCGGCUUCCACGACAGCAUGAAAUUAGCACGUGGUAUGCCCCGUGAAACCCGCCUUAAGCGUGUUCCUCUCGCGUUCCACAACUUCUCUCUCAUUCUCGAACGCGGUCGCCCAUGCGCCAAACGUGUCCUGGUUGGAUCCGACAAAUAUCCGGCGAUCCAACAGGCCAAGUCGAUCGGCUACGAAACUAAUAUUCUCGAACGCGUGCACAAAGCCAAAGAGCUAACGCCGCGUCAAAAGAAAUACCAGUCCCGAUCCGGCGGCGAGACCAGUGGUUCUGAAACGAACAUGGGUCUGCCCAGGAAUUCGGGUCCGGAGAAAUGGGUCGAACAGGCCGUGGACGAAAUUCUACACCUGAAGAUCCUCGAGUCGAUCAUUGACACCCAAAAACCCAGCACCAUUGUUCUCGCGACUGGCGACGCUGCCGAGGCCGAGUACUCGGACGGGUUUUUGCGCAUGGUAGAACGCGCCUUGAAAAACCAAUGGAGGGUCGAGCUGGUCAGCUUCAGACUGAACACCAGUAGUUUGUACAAGAGAAGAGAGUUCCGCACGAGAUGGGGCCAACUGUUUAAAUGCAUUGAGGCAGAUCCAUAUGUUGAGUUCUUGAUCGAUGAAGAGGAGACCGAUGGUUAG